AUGGAAAUGUUUACAUUCUUGUGGACGUGUGUUUUUCUACCCUUCGUAAGAGGGCACAGUCUUUUCACUUGUGAACCAAUCACUGUGCCCCGAUGUAUGAAAAUGGCCUACAACAUGACGUUUUUCCCUAAUUUGAUGAGACAUUAUGACCAGAGUACAGCUGCUGUGAAAAUGGAGCCCUUUCUUCCCCUUGCAAAUUUGGAAUGUUCACCAAACAUUGAAACUUUCCUUUGCAAAGCUUUCGUACCAGCGUGCACAGACCAAAUUAAUGUGGUUCCACCUUGUCGUAAGUUUUGUGAGAAAGUAUAUUCUGAUUGCAAAAAACUAAUCGACACUUUUGGUAUGCGAUGGCCUGAGGAACUUGAAUGUGACAGAUUGCAGUACUGUGAUGAGACUGUUCCUGUAACUUUUGAUCCACACACACAGUUUCUUGGUCCUCAGAAGAACACAGAGCAAGUCCAGAGAGACAUUGGAUUUUGGUGUCCAAGGCAUCUUAAGACUUCUGGGGGACAAGGCUAUAAGUUUCUGGGGAUUGACCAGUGCGCGCCUCCAUGCCCUAACAUGUAUUUUAAAAGCGAUGAGCUAGAGUUUGCAAAAAGUUUUAUUGGAAUAGUUUCAAUAUUUUGUCUCUGUGCAACUCUUUUCACAUUCCUUACUUUCUUAAUUGAUGUUAAAAGAUUCAGAUACCCAGAGAGACCAAUUAUAUAUUACUCCGUCUGCUACAGCAUUGUGUCCCUGAUGUACUUUAUCGGAUUCUUGUUAGGCGAUCGCACAGCCUGCAACAAGGCAGAUGAGAAGCUAGAACUAGGUGACACAGUAGUUCUGGGUUCUCAGAAUAAGGCUUGCACUGUUCUGUUUAUGUUUCUGUAUUUUUUCACAAUGGCUGGCACCGUGUGGUGGGUGAUUCUUACCAUUACGUGGUUCUUAGCUGCAGGAAGAAAAUGGAGUUGUGAAGCCAUUGAACAAAAAGCAGUGUGGUUUCAUGCUGUUGCAUGGGGAAUACCAGGUUUUCUGACUGUUAUGCUUCUUGCUAUGAACAAAGUUGAAGGAGACAACAUUAGUGGCGUUUGCUUUGUUGGCCUUUAUGACCUGGAUGCUUCUCGCUACUUUGUACUCUUGCCACUGUGCCUUUGUGUGUUUGUCGGGCUGUCUCUUCUUUUAGCUGGCAUUAUUUCCUUAAAUCAUGUUCGACAAGUUAUACAACAUGAUGGCCGGAACCAAGAGAAACUAAAGAAAUUUAUGAUUCGAAUUGGAGUCUUUAGUGGCCUGUAUCUUGUGCCACUGGUGACACUUCUGGGAUGUUACGUCUAUGAGCAGGUGAAUAGGAUCACCUGGGAGAUAACCUGGGUCUCUGACCACUGUCGUCAGUACCAUAUCCCGUGUCCUUAUCAGGCUAAAACAGAAACUCGACCAGAAUUGGCUUUAUUUAUGAUAAAAUAUCUGAUGACAUUAAUUGUUGGCAUCUCUGCUGUCUUCUGGGUUGGAAGCAAAAAGACAUGCACAGAAUGGGCUGGGUUUUUUAAACGAAAUCGUAAGAGAGAUCCAAUCAGUGAAAGUAGAAGAGUACUACAGGAGUCAUGUGAGUUCUUCUUAAAGCACAAUUCUAAAGUUAAGCACAAAAAGAAGCACUACAAACCAAGUUCGCACAAGCUGAAGGUCAUUUCCAAAUCCAUGGGAACCAGCACAGGUGCUACAGCCAAUCAUGGCACUUCUGCAGUGGCAGUCACUAACCACGAUUACUUAGGACAAGAAACUUUGACAGAAAUACAAACCUCCCCUGAAACAUCAGUGAGAGAGGUGAGAGCAGAUGGAGCGAGCACCCCCAGAUCAAGAGAACAGGACUGUGGGGAGCCAGCCUCCCCAGCAGCAUCCAGCUCCCGACUCUGUGAGGAACAGGCUGACAGGAAAGGCCGGGCAGGCAAUGGGACUGAUAAGAUCAGCAUAUCUGAAAGUACACGGAGUGAAGGAAGGGUAACUCCAAAAAGUGAUGUCACUGAAACCGGCCCAAUGCAGAGCAGCAGCUUGCAGGUCCCAGGCUCUUCAGAGCCCGGCAGCCUGAAAGGCUCCACAUCACUGCUCGUUCACUCAGCUUCAGGAGGUAGAAAAGAGCAUGGCACUGGAAGUCACUCUGAUACGUGA